UUUAAUCGGUUGCACAUGAUCAACUAUAUCAACAAAAAAUCAACUAAAAAGAAAUAACCUCACAUGAUUGACAAUCAUGUGAUACAUUACAGUUUUCUUUAAACUAUAUAAAUUCAAAAACUUGAUGGUAUAGGUAUCACAACACAUUAUAACCAUGUUUAAAACAAGUGCCAUUUUGAUUCUUCUGAUCAGCAUUUGCAAUGCCCAACAUACACGUAUCAUCGGCGGAGAAAAUGCUGACAUUACCGAAGUACCAUGGCAGGUAUCCCUGCAAAACGAUUACGGUCAUUUUUGUGGUGGCUCCAUCAUCAGCGAUAGAUGGAUCUUAACCGCUGGUCAUUGUAUCAGUCAUAAAACUGACCUCACAGACAAAAAAGUGGUUGUCGGCAUGACUAAACUCUCCGAAGGUGGUGUUAUUCAUUAUAUGAAACGUGUAAUCCGUCACCCUUUAUAUUUUACCAUGUGGAUUGUCAGCCAUGAUAUGAGUUUGAUUGAACUGGAGGAACCAAUUGUUUUCAACAAGCGAGCACAACCGAUUCGUUUACCCACUGAUGAGGAAACUCUUCCUGUUGGUAAAGUUGCCAAUAUUCAAGGUUGGGGACUAACCGAAGAAGAUCAACAAGAUUGGGAUCACUUAAAGAAAACUACUUUACCGAUCAGAGCACCUGAGGAUUGCGCAAGUGCUUGGUGGUUUUUCCCUAAAAAGGUUUUCAUUGGACCGGAAGCUCCUAAUAUAUGCACAGAAUGGGAAGAUGCAGUGCCUAACACCUGCAAUGGUGAUUCAGGAAGUGCCCUAACCUACAAUGGCGUACAGUAUGGUAUUGUAUCUUAUGGCCUAGGAUGUGUCAAUCCUCAAUACCCCAAAAUCUUUACCCAUGUUUACAAUUUAAGAGAUUUCAUUUACGAGAAUACCAAUGUGCAAAACAAUUGACAAUAACACAUAAUAGUAACAUUAAACAAACAAACUGCAAUACUUAACACUUGUAAUGGCGAUUCAGGUGGAGAACUUACCUAUAAUGGUAUUCUGAUUGGUAUUGUAUCUUUUGGAAUAGGAUGUGUUAAUGUAGACUACCCAAAAGUCUUUGCAAACGUUUACAAUCUCCGGAGUUUUAUUUAUGAAAAUACAGAUUUGGAACCAUUGUAAUCGUUAUCAAAAUAUGUAUAUACAGUAGAAUCUUGAUAACUCGAACCUUGUUAAGUCGUAAUCCUCAGUAACUCGAAAAGAUAUGCUAUUCCCUUCCGCUGAACCCCGAACGACGCACUAACUCGAAUUUUUUUU